AUGUCAUCCGCAGAUGCCAGAGCUUUGCAGCUCCGACAGCUUCAUACCCCCGGCAAACCCAUCGUUUUUGCCAAUGUCUACGAUCCUGCGACAGCUAAAAUUGUUGCAUCCCACCCCUCCUCGGCAGCACUUGCUACUGCUAGCUUUGCAGUGGCUGCUGUCCACGGCCUAGAUGACGAUGAUAUGGACCUAGAGACCAACGUAGCCGCGGUGAAGCCCAUUGCAACAGUAGCAAUCAAGCACGGCAAGCCUCUGACCGUUGACUUACAAGACGGAUACGGCGACCGACUCGAAGAAGCCAUCGAACAGAUCAUCGUCGCCGGUGCUUCUGGCUGCAAUUUGGAAGAUAGAGAUAACACGACAGGCAAGCUCUUCCCGUUGGAUGUGGCAGUCGACCGAGUGCGCCGGACGUUGGCAGCCGCCGCGAAAGCCGGAGUGCCCAACUUCGUUCUCAAUGCUCGAACGGAUGCUGUUAUGGCCAACAAUGACAUUGAAGAUGCCAUUGUUCGCGGAAAGGCCUUUCUUGAGGCCGGCGCAACCACAGCCUUUGUUUGGGGCGGUCCUCGGCGCGGUUUGACUCGAGAUGAAGUUGUUAGAUUAUCGAGCGCUUUCGGCGGCAGGCUGAAUGUUAUUGCUGCUGAAAACGGACUGACGAUUCAAGAAUUAGCGGACAUUGGAGUAGCAAGGAUAAGCGUUGGCCCUCGUUUGUGGAGAAAAGCAACAGCAGCAUUUACAGAAUCGGCAAAUGAGCUUUUAUGCCAGUACCAGGCCAUGAAGUCGCAUGCGGAGUGAACCAAUAUUACGAACCUAGAAAUUUAUCUGCAUCCCACAAAUACCUUGGGCUUGCAUGCAUCGAUUUAUUUAAGAACAGCAAUAAAACAGGUCCUUGAUCCGUA